GAGCGUGCAGCUCGAAUAAUGAGAGUGGGAGAAACCCUUUUCGGUGAUGGACUAUAAAACCACGAUCGGCCGAUUGAUGGAUCGUAGUGUCUUUUUUGCGAUUUACUUCGUAACAGUGACGUGACUCGACUCUACCUGGCGAACCUCGUGCACGUUUGCGAACAUAUUCAUCGAGAACAUGACCCACGCACAUGGGAAAAGAGUUUCUAUCAUCUCCAUCUCGGAGCGGAUGCAGAUACCGACAUCCAAACCCAAAGCAUGGUUUGGAUGCAGGCAUACGCAGGCCCUCUUGAUGGCUAUGGGGUUCUUUUGCUGCUACGCUAUUAGGGUGACCACAUCGGUGACGUUAGAAGCAAUGACAGAUUCUUCUAAAGCGAAUCCCGACUUCCCAGAGUUGCCAUGGAACGAUAGGACUAAAGGCGUAAUCCAAAGUUCAUUCUUUUGGGGAUAUGUUUGUACCCAAAUUAUCGGCAGCAUAGUGGCACAACGUUGGGGAGCUCAUAAACUUUACUCGUUGGCACUAUUCACUUGCGGGUCGGUAACACUUUUGAUACCUGCGCUCGCUCAGUAUUGCGGAUGGGAAGCGGUUUGCGCGUCCAGAGUAAUCGCCGGUUUAUUUCAAGGCUCGGUCCUUCCGUGUCUUCACACGUUGCUCUCGAAAUGGGCUCCCAUAGAGGAAAGAGGCAGAUUAUCGACCUUCGUUUACGCUGGAGGCUGGAUCGGAAACGUAAUUUGUUUACUGAGUACGGGUUUAUUAUCUGGCUCUUCCUUGGGAUGGCCCAGUUGUUUCUACAUUUGGGGUACAAUAACGGUUCUCUCGAGUAUCUUAUUCUUCACCGUUGGCAAAGAAUCACCUAAUGAACACCUGAGUAUUCCGCAAGACGAAAAAGAAUACAUCGAAACUAGUCUUGGAAUAAUGGAGACAGAAGAAAAACUAUCGACUCCAUGGAUUAAAAUAUUAAGCAGUCGUCCAAUGUGGGCGCUGUUGGUGACCCAGUCUGCCCAGAAUUGGGGUUUCUGGAUGCUUUUAUCUAAGAUUCCUUCGUACAUCGGGAAAGUCUUCAAUUCUAAUAUCGAACAAAACGGAAUGGUGACCGCAUUACCGUAUCUUACCGCGUGGCUUCUCAGUUUCCCGGUAAGCUUCAUAUCGGAUCUUUUAAUCAGACGGAAUGUUUUAACGAUUCAAGCGUCAAGGAAAGUUUGUAACACGAUCGGGCAAUGGAUUCCAGCCGUCGCGUUGAUCGCGCUCGGAUAUGUCGGUAAAGACCACCAAGACAUAGCGGUAACUCUUUUGGUAGUUGCUGUUGCCAGCAACGUGGCUAUUUACUGCGGACAUAAUGUCAACCACAUGGAUCUUAGCCCAAACUUCGCCGGUCCCUUAAUGGGCAUCACGAAUACCGUAGCGAACAUAUGCAGUAUUUUGGCACCCCUAAUUUGCGACAUUAUCGUUACGCAUCCGACGAACGUGGAGGAAUGGAGAAAUAUAUUCUUUUUGUCGUCUAUAAUAUAUUUCGUUGGGAAUUCCGUGUUCAUUCUAUUUGGUACGUCUCAAAUUCAACCGUGGAAUGACCCCAUGGAGAAAAGGAAAGACGCCGAUGUGAAUUCCGGUACGGAAUCAACGCAAGAGAACGGAAUACCGCAUAAAAUAAAGGAUAUCGAAAAUAUGAGCGUGGACAAAGACACAUGAUAGUACCAUGACAUAAAAAUGUGCAAAUGCUGUGAUCGAAGGAACGUAUGGCAAUUGUUAUUAUAAGAUUAUGAAUGUUUACGGAUGAUAAAAAUGCAGCUAUACGAAAAAGGUGUAAGAGCACGUACGUCCAUAAAUACACAAGGCUACGUGUCACAAUACUUACAAGAACCAAACAUUUACUUGAUUCUUAUAUCUUUAGCGCAUUAACAUCCACGAUCUAGAUAUAGUUCCGAAUGCAUACGGAAUGAUGUGUGAAAUGUGUGUGCUGUAUAUAAGUAUUUAUAGGCGUGUAUUAUUGUAUUUAAUAUUAUUUAUUAUAAAAUCGUAUAAAAUUUUAAAGAUA